CCGGAAUAGGAAACAUUUCUUUUAUAGGUUGUGGAGAGCCCGUGCUAUGUAUGUGGUAGUAACGUUGACCACCCAACCUGUUUGUAUCUCGUGAGACUGUGCUGCCCAUUCGCUGUGCUUCUACGUAUUCUUACAUUCCCACCUACUCACUUACAUAUCAAUCAGUCCGUAAUGGUGAGUUAUGAGACAAGAGGAUGAAAAAUACAUUUUACAGGAAAAGCUUACCAUGGCAACGGUAUGCCUACGGAGUAUUAUCACAUGUGGCAAGACUUACUUAUAUACAUUCAUAGCUAGUAAUUGCCUACCUACAUAAUGGCCUACAUAAUAUCAACACACAGUGCAUAUUUGCCAGGGGUAGCACCCGACGAGCUUUCGGAAACCUGUCAAACCUCAGCUCUCGACCUACCUAACCUAGGGCAUUUCACGCCGCACACGAGGGGGAGGAGGGCCCAUAAUACCGUACACAAGAGCGACACACAAAAGCGAAACGUCCCCUCUUUCUUUCUCCCAUCUUACCACCUACCUAACUAUUCCAACCGUUUUUUCCCUCCCCUAUCACUCAGUCUACUACCAAAAAUAUCACUCCCGAUUAAGUUCUUACACCGCUUCGACUUAGAUCUUGGGGGAGAUCCCGCGGAACCCGUCUGUUUGCUUCCAUUGUACCUACCCUGGGAAGGUACCUGGCCUAUUUGGUUCUAUCCGUACGCUCUAUCCGCCUGCCGAGCUGGGAAAUUCUGCUUUUAUGUAUGUGCCUAUAGCAAUCAGCGCCCAGGUAUGUUCCUGCCUACCUGCUUAUCUAGGUACCUGCCAAGUGUAUAUGUACUCCCUUGCGCGUCUAGACCCUCAAACGAGAAGCCAUUCGCCAUCACCUUCAAUGAUGUUGUUCCCAACAUUGAAGUUCUUACACACCUACCUAUGUAUUUUAUGUAUGUAUGUGUAGGCAAGGGAGGUUUAUGUACUUACAUAUAUCUAGGUAGGUACUAUGUAGGUAGGUAGGUAGGUAUGAUAUGUAGGUACCCCUCCCAUCUCCCCAUGUAUUGGCGGGAUGUCCGCCUACAUACCUCCCGAUCCAGAAACCGCCCGCUACGCCAUACAUAUCUCGCCGCCUCAUUAAUUACCUAACCGACCUACCUACAUCUACACACACAAGUUGCACUGUGAA